AUGCUUCGCUCACAUAUGGAAAAAUGCGACGCGGCUAGGGCGCAGUUAGAUGAAUGGUAUGAACAUAGAACAAAGGUUGAGGCGGAGCUGUCCAAGUUAGCAUGGCAGUUCGAUAAAUGGGGACUAGAUUCUCGGAUGGAAUCACUUGCGCUGCAGUCGGUGGAAUCUCGUAGUGCCUCAGUCGGUCCAGUAGUUGGAGCUCGCGAUGGUGCUAGAAUGGCAGAUGAACGUGCCCUUGGAGAAGCAGCACAGGUGAAAUCAAAGAAUCAGGCCGUUGAAGAAGAAAGCAUUACGAGGUGGAUGGACACCGUUGUGGGACUUCUGCAGCGCGACAGAAUUUUAACGAAUAAUCUUUUGAAUUCCAUCAUAGCGCUCCAAACUAGCGCGAUGAUUCUUUCAUUCAAAAUCAGGUGUGGUGUUUUUGAUGAAGAAGGUCUAGAUUCUUGGAUGGGCAUUACUGCCAGCUUGAGGGACAUUACGAAGUGUCCUGCUCAUAGAACAAAGAUACCUGUCAUUUCGGAUAUUAUCAGGGCGUUGGCAUUUGGCUUACCGUGGAAUCUGGCAGAAAUAAUCAAGGGCAUCAAGGAUCUUGCAGUCGAAAGUCCGCACUCUCGUUGUGAAGCAGCUACCGAGUUCCAUCUUUUCGUUGCCUGCGCCAAAUUACAGCGUCAAGACGUUCGUUCCUUCUUGAUGGAAUAUCUGGCCGGCUAA